AUGGACGACUUGAACCAAGAAAUCGAUGUCAGCCAUGCGGAGAGGAGGAUAUGGCUGUUGCCCGACUUUCUCUAUACACAUUGGAGCGCACAGCAGACAGAUGAUGUCGAGCUUGGCUCCGUCAGAAUAUACGAGCAGACUUCCGGGUCUCCUACCAGGGUUACGUUUCACCUUUCAAGCAAUUCUCACACGGCACACCUGCCUCAAGAAUAUGAUAUGGUGUUUCUAAAGCAAUCAAAGGCCAAUAAUAUUUUCUCGGAAGAACAAAACAGUGCCAUUGCAAUUGAGGGCAAAAUCGAGCAUGAAUGUCAUCUUCGGCCCUCAAGUGUUAAUCAAGCAUACAGAGAUGUCAUCAAGGCUCGAAACCUGCACUUUAACAAGCCAAAACGCACCCUUCAGCUGAUAGACUCCAUAAAAGAGGGCGUUGGUGCAUCUUUUAUGAGGCCUUUGCCCCAAUCCGUUGUGCUCACCGGUGGACGGCGAAAAAUCCCUGUUGAGCUUCGAAGGGAAAGGCUGCCCAAAGAAGCCCUGCUGGACUUUUUAUUUACAGCGUUUGAAAAAUUCAAAUACUGGAAUUUCAAAGACAUUUUAGAGUACACCAAGCAGCCAUCAAAUUACUUGAAAGAAGUGCUUGCCGAAAUAUGCGACCUCAAUAAACGCGGCGACUUUAAGGGUUGCUAUCAAUUGAAGGCAGAAUAUUUGAAUGCAAACAGAUCGGGAGCUGCCACGGCAAUUGCGCCAUCGAUUUCACGGCCCAUUGCUUCCGAAAGCACUGGCGCGGCAACGGGCCAUCCAGAGCACGAAAUGGCCGACGAAGACUACGACGACGAGGGAGAAGAAGACGAGGACACGGAUCCCGAUGACAUUGAGAUGGAAGAUGUUACUCCCUAUUAA